AACUGUGGGUGUGUCUUGUAGUCUCUCAGUCUGAUCUCAGGUCAGAUCUCAGUUGGAGAAACACUGAGUGACUGAAUGAUCGCUGUGGAUUUACGGACAACACUUUCAUUUACUCGCUUUACAUCUUCAGCUGAAGGUUGUGUUGAAUAUUCAUCUCACUUCCUUUAAAUAUCAAAGACCUCACAGGAGAAACUCAUUCACAUCUAACAUCAUCUCAUCUAAAUAUGAAGACAAUCACGAGGGUUUUAACUCUGCUUCUGUUUAUCACAACAUCAGAUGCCAGUGCGGUCUGUGAACCGAAGGAUGUACAGGGAAAUAGCAAUGAUUGGAUCGUCCUGCAGGAAACGCCUCUGGGAUGCUGGACGGACUUCAUUAGCAAGGAAGGAGAACAAGUUCACAUUCUUAGCCUGUCUUUUCUACAGGAUAUGUCCAUGUUCACCCUGAAUAUAAGUGCAUUGAAUCGGUCUGUGCUGAUUCUCACUUCCACCUCUAAACAGAGCAUCACAAUCCUCAUCUCAAACAAUUCAGACGUCCAAAUCUAUGUAACAAAUGGAACUUCAAUCACAUUUUUCAAACCAAAAAAUGAUGGGAAACCUUUGGAGACACGAAAUGCCCCGUAUACAAGAGAGGAUUCUGAACUUCUGAAAUGGGCAAAUAAUUCAUUUGGAGGAGUCACGUCCUACACCACAGCACAAAAUCCCCAAAUCAUUACUUUUACAGGGAUUAAAGGAACAGGACUGCCCUCCAUUUGUGACCUGCAGCCGGAAGUACCAACACAUAAACCCUUAAUUGAUCUGAACGCCGUCAUGCCAACCAGCCAUCUGAAAUCCUGUUACAACAAACAAUCUGCAGAAGAUCUGCAUGUUAUCAAUAUUCCAGACAACGUCACGAUACGCCAUGUUUCCUUGAAAUUGUUGUCAGUAUCUAAAGUUGUCCUGAGAGGUCCACCAAACACCACAUGGGAAAUUCCAUCAGAUUAUUCAUUUCAAUACCUGACCAACAAUCCAGUGAUUUUCCAAGGACUCAAGUUGCCUUCGCGUAAUGAGCUUUCAGAUGAUGUGGAAGGUCUCAUGCAGAAGGUCUUUUCUCAUUUUAACACCACAUCUGUCAGCAGUUACACUGAGAUUCGUCUCAACACCUCUGCGGUUAAGCUGCGGAUCACCAGCAACAAGAGCACACCAGUUGUGACACCAGCAGAAGUGUCUGUCCCCACCUCAUCACCCACUUCUUCAAUAGUUCAUAUGGAGAUGCAGUUGUUCUCGUCUCCAGACUACAGAUCUCCUUUGGAUUCCAGCAGUAAAGUUCAAAGUGACAAGAGACUCUACGCUGAGAUUCAGAUAUUAAAUCAGAUGUUAGGACCUAUAUCCUUCACCAUCAGAGUCAGCAGAUGUUGGGCGCGAUCUGUAUCCGUGGUGAGGAACAUGCCCUAUAAAGAGGAGACGUGUCAUGGUAAAGACUGUCCCAAGAGACUCAGUUUCUCUUUAGAAGAUCUUCAGGAUCUGCCAUCAAGCUCGUGGGACAUCGAGUGCACCGCCAGAGUUUGUUAUGACCAGUUUUGUCUGAAUGAAACUCAGGUGAAGAGGAACCUACAGGUCAUCACGUCAUUCAUACCCAACACAAAUACGUGUUUUGAGUUCGGACUCUCGGCCGUUCUGGGAGUGGCGUUCGGAGGCUUUCUGAUCGGAGUUCUUCUGACCGGCGCUCUGUGGUUCAUUAAAAUCCGCACAGGGCCCGCUGGAGCUCUGGACAUGAGAUCCACGGCAGCCGAGCUGUCAGUUUUUUCUCUGUCCGGAUGCCCGUGCGGUCUGAGCAAACGUCAGCCGGUCUCCACCCGCACGUCCCCGUCCGAAAACAGCAGCGCUAACGCAAGCAUCGGCAGCACUCAAAGCACACCCACCAGCAGCAUGGCAUAACGCCCGACGACGAAGGGGUUAAAACGAGAGCAUGAAUCAGUCCCGAAAUGUUCCUUUACCUCACAGUCACCGGCUACAGGAAAUCAUCAGACUCCAAGAAGAAAAAGGACCUUGGAUACGGACCACAGGAAAAACAAAGCACAACCUCUUAGGAACUAACAGGAAAUUCAUCACAUUCCUCUGCCUGCGUCUCUGUCGUGGAGGCAAAAGAAGAGAAAGACAAACGGCGGCUGGUCUCCGUGACGCUCAAACUCGACUCCAAGGAACCUUUCACGGUCUGAUUCACAGACAUUCACAAAGACCAAACAAUAUCCAGAAAUGAAUCUAAACAUUUGCCAUGGUCUGCAGUAGUUCUUACUGUAGAUGCUGUCUCAAUUGUUUGGGACGUUUUGGGAAAUGGCUACCUCUGAGUGUUUCAUUUGGGUUCAACAGUGGCAACAUCAGUGUUAGUUUUACAGACAUAAACCCCCUCCCUUAUCUUUAACUGUGAGUUAUAUCACUUUAAUCUUUUAUUCAUCAACUUGAGAAAUUUGUAAAAUCGCACAGACAAAAUGAAAUUGUAUAAAUGUAUAAAUAUUCAUUUCUAUUUUACUCGGCUCUUACUUAAUAUUCAUAAUGAACCUCAUAGUUUUUACUGAUUUACAUCUGAUGUAGCUUCUUUUCAAACUAUACAGGACAUUCAUGUGAAUUUAUUCAUCUCUUGAUGAUUUUGAUUUUCUGUGUUUGUGUUUGAUAAUGUUGUUAAAUUAUGAGUUCCCUCAAAAAUGAUCAUAAAAUGAGUCAUAUCACUACAUCUAUCAAGUCUUCUCAAGUCGCUUUGGUUUUAUUUUUGAGUGAACUAUCGUUUAACGGCAGAUGUGUGUAAAAUGCCACUUGAGCAUUUGUGCAAUAUCUGUGCUAUGUUUAUAUAAUUAUGUCUGUAUAAUUAUGUUUUAUAUUGUUAUUUUUAUAUUAACAUCUGUAUGUCUGUGUUCCCAUAGGGCAAAAAAACCCAUAAAAACAUAUUUUGAAAUAUAGAAAAAAAUGGAGAAAAAUAUAUUUACUGAACAUAUGUUUAUAAAAAUCUAUUUUCACAAAUAUAUUUUUUGGCCAUUUUUGUAUAUUUUAAAAAUUAGUUAUACCACGGGACUGUUCAAUGCUUUAUUCUGAUUGGUUGAGAAAGGUAUGCAUUAUUUUUUGAUAAAUUCACACCUGACCUGCCAAAUGUCAUAAAAUAACCACCAGAGCAAUGUCUGUGGUAUAAGAGGAAUAAUUGAAUUAUUCGAAAAUAUUGCACAGCCGCGGUGUAUCGUGCAUCGUGCUGCAUUAUCACUUUGGUGUGCAUUAUUUUCUGAAUAAUUAAAUGGCCUGUUGUCGAUUAUCGUAUAUAUUUUAAAGCAUUUAUAUUCGUGUCGCAUUGAAAGAAAAACUUUGUUUAUGUUACAAACUAGUAAACAUAACAUGUUUGAAAAGGUUAAAAUUGUACUUUAUAAAAUUUAGUAUUUUAUAUAAACUAUAUCUAAAAUAUAUUUUUUGCUAUAUGGGUUGUAAAAUUAGAAGUAUAUUUGUUUGCCCCUGAAAUCCAUGAUGAAAUAUAUGUUUAUAUAUAUGAAGGUUAAAACUAUAUGUUCAAAUUCAAAUAUAUAUAUAAUUAAGCUUUACUUUCUACAAAAUGUAUUUAGCAUAUAUUUAAAACAUAUAUUUUUCCCAGAGAAAUGUCUUUUUUGCCGUAUGGGUUGUGCAGAGCGUUUUCUUUUGAAUGUAUCUUCAUCAUCUGAGGUCAUAUUUCUCCUCUGACUUUAAAUUCAUUCAUGACAUUAAUGUCCAUUACGAGUUUAUUUAUUGGUUUUUGCAGUGAUGUUCUGGGAAUGUCCUGUUCUGAGAACCGUUGAUCUCUCAGCUGAAGUUCUGCUCGGCUUCAGUCGGUUCUCUCGCUGAUGUUCGGUGUGCUGGAAAAAUCAGCUUGGAUUCAAUUUGGACUUGGAUUGAAAAAAAUGCUUCAAUUUAGUAUUACAAAACAAUAGAAAUAUGCAUAAUUACAAGAUAUUUUAAUUGCUUUUCUAUCACAGAACACUUUUGUGUUCACAUGAAUUCUGUUAAACAUAUUUCCAAAUUAAAAAUCUUGCUUGUUAA